AUGCCAACUCCAAUGAUUGUUGAUCGAUGUGCAAGACUAACUAUUCCAGCAUAUUAUCCAAUGAAUAAAGCUUUUGCAAAUAAUAUUUUAUUGACAGCGCCAUCAAAUGAUUGUCCAAUGGAAAACGUUGAUAUUAUAUUUGCUAAAGUAGAUUUAUUACCAAUGAAAUGGAAUAAAUCACCUGAACCAAUUAAUGUUAAUGAAAAAUUUUGUAAGAAAUCGCUUGCCAUCAAAUCGACGACAACAAGCAUGAAUAUAAUAAAUUAUGGUGGAAAUAAAGGAAUAUUUAUUCAUGAGAUUCCGGCAUACUCUCAAUGGAUCAAUGAUGAUAUAUUUCCGGUUAUCGUACCAGAAGGUUCACAUGCCAGUUUACAUGUGAUACUGUCAAAUUAUAGCGAAAAAGCAGUAAGGAAAAAUGUUCAAAAUGUUAUCAUUGAAUUCAAUCAUACUUCUAUUGGUUAUAUUGCUGCUAUUAGUCUUCCAAGAAUUUCACCACCAAUGUUUACAAAAUAUUCUCAUAUCAUUCAUUUGAAAAAGAUUAAACCUGAAGCAACAACUUUAUUGACAACAACAACUGAAGAAGAAUGUUUUGUUGAUGCGACAGCUACUGAACCUGUAGCGGCGCCUUUAAUUGCAACAACGAAAAUAACGCAAGGCGCAUCUGUCAAUAUACUUUCAAAUAAUUUAUUCGCAAUUUGCAUAUUUUUCAUAGUAUGUGCUGAAAGGAAACAAUGA